UUUCAGGUCAACUCACGCUCAUUGGCUGCUUUCUUUUUUGCCCCUUCUCGGUCUUCUCUGAGUUCACACCAGAGAAGACUCACAGCCCAAUCAAGGGUUUAAGCAUUCUUCUGGCAAAAUUAUCUCAGUGCUCAGAAGCUCUUUUUCUGGGUUUUGCCCGCUUUUUGAAGCUUCGCUGUGUCAACUUCAGGCUACUGGUGAAUUUUUUUUCCCCCCUGAAGAUUUGUCUCUGAUUCACGUUCUCAGAGUUCAUCUUCAACCUUGAGCUAAAGAUUGAUCCUGUAUGUGAGAUUUGAUUCUAUUUUUCCUUUGGAUGUAUUCGGAAGGUCUAUUUUGUUUAUUUGCUCUUCCAUAAAUUUUGUCGGUCAGAUGGAGCACUGUUACAGGAAGAUGCCAGCUUUUUUUCUUCUGGGAAUCUGAGUUUAAUUGCUUGGCUUGUACGUGAUAUUCGGUUUUGUUCUUGGUGACAAUAAAACAGUGCCUUUCAUUGAUUUUGUGCGUUUGAGCUUCAAUCCGUCGGGUAUGGUGGUUCUGGUUUUGUAAUAACCUGAUUCGUCAGAAUAGGGUUGUUGGGCUAAAUUGUGAUCAGUUAGUGAUGGAUAAUGCAAACGAAGCAUCAUCAUCCUUGAGUUUUGCAUCUUCUUACUUAUCAAAUGGGUCAAGUAAUCCGAACAUAUCUUCCUGCACUAGCCAUGAGCAAGUGGCAAAUCCUGAAAAUUUAAGCCUCAUUAAGCUGAGCGGAAGCCUUGAGAAGCUAUUGAUAGAUACUGAAUAUGAUUAUAGUGACGUUGAUAUUGUUGUUGAGGGCAAACAUGUGGGAGUUCAUAGGUGUAUAUUGGCUUCACGUAGUCAGUUUUUUCAUGAACUUUUUAAGAAAGGAAAUGAUGGCUCGGUGAAGGAAGGUAAGCCAAAGUAUCUCAUGUCAGACCUGGUGCCUUACGGCGUCGUUGGAUACGAAGCAUUCCUUGUUUUCUUGCAUUAUUUGUAUACUGGAAAGCUGAAGGCGUCACCCCCAGAAGUAUCAACCUGUGUUGAUGAAAGCUGUGCACAUGAUGCAUGCUGGCCUGCUAUUAAUUAUGCUUUAGAGCUAAUGUAUGCUUCUUCCAGGUUUCAGAUGAAAGAGCUUGUUUUGCUUGUUCAGCGGCGUCUUCUCAAUUUUGUUGAGAAGGCUCUUGUAGAAGACGUGAUUCCUAUUCUUAUGGCUGCCUUCUACUGCCAACUGGACCAGCUUCAGUCACAUUGCAUCCAGAGAUUAGCAAGAUCUGACCUUGAGAACAGAACUUUGGAAAGAGAGCUCCCACCUGAAGUUUUCAGUGAAAUAAAAUCACUCCGUCGCAAAGUGCUGGCAGAAUCCACUCCUGAUGCAAUGGAAAUGGAACCUUCAAAUGAAAGAAGUGUUACAAAAAUCCUUAAAGCAUUGGACUCUGAUGAUAUUGAGCUGAUGACUCUUCUUUUGGCCGAGUCCAGUGUCACUCUAAAUGAUGCUUAUGCCCUGCACUAUGCCUGUGCCUAUUGUGAUCCUAAGAUUGUGAAAGAAGUUCUUAAUCUUGGGUCGGCUGACAUAAACCAUACAAAUCCCCGAGGAUAUACAGUUCUUCAUGUGGCUGCAAGGCGCAAAGAUCCAACAAUUUUAGUAGCACUGUUGACUGAAGGGGCCUGUGUAUCAAGUGUGACACCAGAUGGACAGACAACUGUUGGAAUUUGUCGGAGGAUGACGAGACCCAAGGACUAUAAUGAGAUAGCAGAGCGGGGGAAGGAAUCUAACAAAGACAAGCUCUGUGUUGAUCUCCUGGAGAGAGAAAUGAGAAGAAAUUCAAUGUCUGUGAAUGCAUCUGAUACAUCGGAGUUAACUGCUUAUGAUUUGCAUGUGAGACUUGAUUACCUGGAAAAUAGAGUUGCUUUCGCUAGGCUAUUGUUUCCUGCUGAGGCUAAGGUGGCCAUGGCUAAUGCUCAGCAAGAGUCAACACUUGAUCUAAAUGAAACUCCUUCUAUGAGAACCAGAAAACUCCAGUUAAGAUUGCAAGCCCUCCUGAAAACAGUUGAGAACGGCCGGCGUUUCUUUCCCCAUUGCUCUGAGGUUCUUGAUAAGUUUCUAGAUGACGAUAUGCCAGAUAUUUUCUUCUUAGAGAAGGGUAGCGAACAAGAACAGAGAAUCAAGAAGCAACGCUUCAUGGAGCUCAAAGAGGAUGUGCAGAAGGCAUUUCAUAAGGAUAUGGCUGAAACCAAUGGUUCAGGUUUUUCCUCAGUUUCUUCCUCAUCAUCCUCAUGUAAGAAGGGAGGUCUCAGCCAAAGAGUGAGGAAAAAGUGAAGUCCAUAUAUGUAUUUCUAGAGUGAGAAACAAAGCUGAUUAUAUAGUUUUUGUUUCUCUGUAUUAGGGCAAGUGUAGCAACUGUACCAUAGUUUUGCCAAUAAAAUGCUAUGUUUGCAUAAAUGAGGAUCUCCUCCACCUGAACAGUCAUGAACUAGGAGAGUAACAUGGGAAAAUAGGAUUGUGUGCAGGUUCUAUACACAUCCUAUUUCUUCCUCUCUGGGAUUGUAUUAUAUACAAUCAAUUAUGACUAUAGGGGAUCCAAAUUCUUAUUUGCAUCUGGGGUUUGAUAAUAGAUUAUGACCCAGGUUUAUUUUUCUUCUGGUUUAAGGCAGUGGAAGAGUUUUGCUAGUAAUGUACUUGAAAGUAAUUUUAUGAUCACUUAGCAUAUGUGAAAUGUGUCAUUCCUCAGGAUGCUUUUCUUUUGCAAAAGAACCAUAAUUAUGGUGACUAAAAUGUAACUUAAUGGAUUGUAUAUAUGUUGUCUUUGUGGUUUCUGCUGAGGGAGUCAGUAUUAUUAUGUGGGUU